UUGACACUUGCUCACGACGACUUUUCGAAAAUGCAUCGAUCCUGCUACUGUUGCUACUGUGCUUGAGGAUUACGAACACGUACGCACGCUGAAAGAGAAAGAGAGAGAGAGAGAGAGAGAGAGAGAAGUAAGGGAUUAGAGGGAUAUACGGAGUACAAGGCGCCGAGUUAUGGAGGCCACCGGAAUGCUGAGCGGCGAGGCCGCGCGACAGGAAGGGUCCAAGCUCUGGCAGUACAUCUCUGCUGUAUCCGUAUGCUUCCUGUCGAUUGGCGUCGGCUCGGGAUUAGCCUGGACAUCACCGGUACUGCCACAUCUGAAGGCGGCGGACUCGUGGCUGCCAAUGGACGAGGAGCAAGCCUCCUGGGUAUCAUCGUUGCUCGCCAUCGGCUCGAUGAUGGGCGCGCUACCGGCGGGGGUAGUUGCAAACUCAAUAGGUCGUAAACGGACGAUUCUACUCUUGGCGAUUCCGUUCUUACUAUCGUGGGCCAUCAUCUUGUUCGUCAGCAAAGUUUGGAUGCUGUACGCUGCCAGAUUCAUCGUCGGUUUAGCCGUGGGCGCCGCCUGCGUCCUCGUGCCCACCUACUUGUCCGAAAUCGCCGAGCCAUCCGUCAAAGGUACGCUUGGAGCGAUGUUUCAGCUAUUCCUCACGGUUGGUAUUGUCUUCACCUUUGUCAUGGGUGCGCUGGUCGGUUAUACCACGCUCGCUGUUGCUUGCGCCAUUAUCGAGGUCGUUUUCGUCGGCAGCUUCAUCUUCAUACCGGAAUCGCCCGUUUGGCUGAUGUCGAAAGGCAGGCGACUGGACGCCAGUGCGGCUCUGAAGCGUUUGCGAGGCGACGCCUACGACGUGAACUGCGAAGUCGGACAGCUGCAAAAGGAGGCGGAGGAGAACGCGUCGAGGAGCAGCAGCGUGUUCGAUCUCGUUAGACUGCCAGCUCCGAGAAAAGCUCUGUUUAUCUGCUUCGCCGGCAUGGCCUUUCAGCAACUGUCCGGUGUCAAUGCCGUCAUCUUUUACACCGUCGACAUAUUUAAGGCGGCCAAAAGCUCCCUCGACUCCGACGUUGCCGCCAUCCUCGUUUCCGUCGUGCAGUGCGUGAUGGCCGUGGUGGCAGCUGGUAUCGUGGACAAAGCAGGCCGCAAGCCUCUGUUGAUGUUUUCCUCGGCGGUUAUGUGCUGCAGUUUAGUAGCUCUGGGUCUUUUCUUCAAGCUGCAAGAAAACGGUAGCGACGUGUCCAAGCUUGGAUGGCUGCCGCUCGUGUCGCUCGUUCUCUUCAUGAUUGCUUUUUCGAUUGGUAUGGGACCCAUUCCGUGGAUGUUGACGGGUGAAAUGUUCACAGUGGAACAUAAGGGUAAUGCAUCAAGUCUUGCCGUCUUGCUCAAUUGGUUCCUCGUGUUCCUCGUUACGAAGACCUUCCCGACCAUGAAAGUCAUUCUCAACUCUUCCGGUGCCUUUUGGGUUUUUGCCGUCAUUAUGGGAAUCGCCACUGUUUUUACUUUUUUUGUGGUUCCGGAAACAAAAGGUAAAACUGCGCAAGAAGUUCAAGCUGAGCUUUUAGGAAAUAAGUCCAAUAGAUCAGUUUAAUCUUAUGCUUCAGCUGUACUGUGUGCAAAUAAUUGUUAAUAGUUUGAUAAGAGUAUUCGCGCUGUAUUUUAUGUAAUCAUUCAAUAUUAAGAAGAUUCGAUGUUUUUAUCAAAGUAACGGUAAAUUCGUCAAAUUCUUUUUGCAAUACUCAUUUGGGAACAUCUCAGACUCUUAAAGAAGAGGAUAUACUUCGGAAAGUUUUAUUUAUGAUCACAGUAUGCAACACUAAAUUUUAUUAUCUUAUUAAUAUAAAACAUGUUUUAUGUUUGUAAAAUCUGUAGCAAGUAUUUUAUUACUACAACUCGUUAUUUGUUUGGAAAAGAUAAGCUAGAUAAAUCGAUUAAAGCUACGUUUUUAAGCACUGCGCUUUACUAUUAUCUUAUCUCAUAAAAUCUGUACAUCAUAAAAGAAAGCUGAUGUUAAGCAUCCGUAAUCGUCGAUUAUUUUUUCAUGAUAUGUGAUUGUGAAAUACGUAUAGAUUUAUGUGCCAAACAAACUUAAUAAAUAUAAAAAAUAAUCAUAUAUGUGGGCAUUUAUAAGGAUUCAAAUAUUAGAAUAUACAGAAAGUGAAUGUGUAUUGUUUCAAAGAUAUAUAUUAUAGAUGAUAACAUCAUUAUUAUUAAAUAAUCCUUCCUUUUUAUAGUUAAGCAAUAUUGUUUUUUACGUUCAAAAUACUGUAUUUAUAACAUGGCGUAAUCUUUAUUAAGUUUUAUUAUUAAAUAUUAUUGAUUCAAUCAAUUAUGUUUAUAUAGAGCAUCUUUGAUAAAAAAAUUCGUUAACGAAUGCAAAAAUUUCAUUGGUAUAAAUCUUUAAAUAUAUUAUGUGAUUACUUACAUUGUUUGAAAUCAAUCGAUUAUUGUAAUAAUAAAUAUCA